GACAGGAUGCGAAACCAAUCGCGGUGAGGCUUUGCGCCCCUGGCGCGAGUAGAAAUUUUGCCGGGCUCAAUGGGUCUCGAAGGGCCUUUUCGGAGUGAGAUUGCCAGUGUUUGCGGGUGGUUGUUGCGCUCGGGGUUGUGUGGAGUAGGUCUGGACCUGAACUCACGACUGCUUGGAGCGUCCGCCAUGAGGAGAAGUGAGGUGCUGGCGGAGGAGUCCAUAGUAUGUCUGCAGAAAGCCCUAAAUCACCUUCGGGAAAUAUGGGAGCUAAUUGGGAUUCCAGAGGACCAGCGGUUACAAAGAGCUGAGGUGGUAAAGAAGCAUAUCAAGGAACUCCUGGAUAUGAUGAUUGCUGAAGAGGAAAGCCUGAAGGAAAGACUCAUCAAAAGCAUAUCCGUCUGUCAAAAAGAGCUGAACACUCUGUGCACCGAGUUGCGCGUCGAGCCAUUUCAGGUCCGUGGCGCCCACAGGGUCUGUAGGGAAACUGCAGGGCCUGAGAUUUAGGAAGCAGCAUUGACUUGGGCCUGUAGCUGAUGAGAGGCUUCCUGGUGGGGGUGGAGCUAGACAUGAGAAAUGGGGAAACAUGGUGCAACAUUAAUUAGGCCCUGCAGAGGAAUUCUCGCCUCUGUGGAGAGCUGCC